AUGGCUGAUGUGCGUGAUAUUCUUGAGCUGGAGCGUCCAGUAACGCCAGAGCUAACGAAGGAAGCAUUACUAAACUCCAAGAAGCGAACUGUGGAGAGAAAAAUUGUGGCCAAACGUCCGGAGGGCAUGCACCGUGAGGUGUUCGCACUGCUCUACAAUGAUAACAAGGAUGCACCACCACUUCUACCCACGGACACAGUGUCUGGUUACAAAAAGACGAAGGCCCGGCUGGGCAUGAAAAAAGUGCGUCGGUGGGAGUGGGCUCCUUUCGUGAAUCCAGCCCGAAGCGAUGGUGCCGUCUUUCAUCACUGGAAGCGCGUUUCGGAUGAGCAAAAAGAAUACCCAUUCGCCAAGUUUAACAAACAGCUGGACAUUCCCACGUACACGCUGAACGAGUACAAUGCGCAUUUGAAAACGACCAAAUGGACUAAACAGCAGACGGAUCAUCUGUUCGAUCUGGCCAAACGGUUUGACGUUCGAUUUAUCGUCAUGUGUGACCGUUGGGAACGGGCGAACUAUGGCAUUAAAUCGGUGGAGGAUCUCAAGGAGCGCUACUACGAGGUAGUCGGCAUACUGAACAAGGUGCGCAACAGCAAUGGUCACGGAGCCACCGAGAAGAAGGUGUAUGUAUUCGAUGCGGAACAUGAGCGACGCCGGAAGGAGCAGUUAAAGAAGUUGUUUGAUCGCACACCGAAGCAAGUCGAGGAGGAACAGCAGUUGUUGAACGAGUUGAAGAAGAUUGAGGCGCGAAAGAAAGAACGCGAGCGAAAAACGCAAGAUCUGCAGAAGCUUAUCUCACAGGCGGACCAGCAGCAGACGGAACACCAUCAGAAGGAACAGCAACAACAUCACCAUCAGCACCAGACACACGGCCACCAGAGCACAUCGCACAAAAAGCAGGACAAAAAGCUGAACAAGAAGAAAAUCCAACAACAGCCACGCACGUCCAAGGUCGAUUCGGUGGUCAGCGCGGUUGAGAGUGCUGGCAUUAAGUUUACCGAUCUUCGUGGCACGGGUGUAUCGCUGAGGUCACAGAAGAUGAAGCUACCGGCCAAUGUUGGUCAAAAGAAAGCCAAAGCGCUUGAGCAGGCGCUGCAGGAGUUUAAGGUGGAUCCAAACCCACCACCAAUCGAGGAGAUCUGUGUAGCAUUUAAUGAGCUGCGAUCCGAUAUGGUGUUACUGUGCGAAUUGCGUACAGCGCUGGCAACGUGCAACUUCGAGCUGGAGAGUCUGAAGCACCAGUACGAGGCACUUUGUCCGGGUAAGACGCUUAACAUCCCGUCAGCGCUUAUAAAUCCUCCGGCAGAUGAAUCGGAGGGAGGAAUUGAUGGAGAUGUCGGAGCGAUGGUUUGA